GCCGCGGCCCUGGGCGGGAGGCGCGAUGGUGCCGGCGGCGCUGCAGAAGUUCCCGAGCCCGGGCAAGGGCAACGGCCUCCGCUCCCUCCGGCGGCUGCCGCCCGGAGAGCUGCUCUACCGCGCCGAGCCCUUCGCCUACGUCGUCGCCAAGGAGCAGCUGGGCGGUGUCUGCGAGCGCUGCCUGCGCAGGAAUGAACAUCUGUACAGAUGCUCUCAGUGCAAGGUUGCUAAAUACUGCAGUAAAUCCUGUCAGAAAGAAGCGUGGCAGGACCACAAGCAGGAAUGCAAGUGUCUUAAGAGCAUUGAGCCUAAUUUUCCUCCAGACUCGGUCAGGCUUGCUGGCAGGAUUGUUUUUAAACUGCUUAGACAACCAGUAUGCAUUUCAGAGAAGCUCUACUCUUUUUCUGAUCUUCAGUCAAAUACUGAGCAGCUAAGUGAAGAAAUGAAAGAAGGCCUCAGGCACCUUGCACUGACAUUGCAGCUGUAUUUGAAAGCAGAGAUCCAGGAUGCCUCUCAGCUGCCACCUGCAAUUGACUUUUUUCAGAUCUUCACAAAAGUGACUUGUAACUGUUUCACCAUCAGUAAUGGAGAGAUGCAGGAUGUUGGUGUUGGCCUGUAUCCCAGCAUGUCUUUACUGAAUCACAGUUGUGACCCAAACUGCGUGAUCAUUUCUGAAGGAUACCAGCUUUUACUUCGCUCCAUCCGAGAGAUCCAGAUCGGGGAAGAGCUCACGAUCUGCUAUAUUGAAUCACUGAUGCCCACCAGUGAACGCCAAAAGCACCUGAUGCGCCAGUACAGCUUUGAAUGUGACUGUCUUCUCUGCCAGAAUCGAGACAAGGAUGCUGAGAAACUGGCAGGUGAAGAGCAUGCCUGGAAAGAAGUCAAAGAUGCUGUAAAUCAAGUGAGAUAUCCAAAAUCAAAAGAAGAGUGGGAGCAGAUUCUGGCAAGAUGCCGGAAACUCUUAAGGAGCCAUGCAGGUUGUCUUCCAGACACAAAUAUCUAUCAGCUGAAAAUGCUUGACUGUGCCAUGGAUGCCUGUAUUAACCUUGGAUCCUGGAAAGAAGCUUUGAAUUAUGGCAACAGGACUCUCGAACCGUACAGACUGUAUUAUCCCGGUUUUCAUCCGCUAAGGGCUGUCCAGCUGAUGCGAGUGGGCAAGCUGCAGUAUAGUCAAGACAUGUUCCCUCAAGCCCUGAAGACCUUGAAACAGGCUUAUAACAUUAUGAAGGUGACCCAUGGAGCAGAUCACACACUGAUGCAAGCCUUGAUGGAACUAAAGGAACAGUGUGAGGCCGUCAUGAGAGUGCAGUGAAGAAAAGCUGCUGUCUAGAAUACAAGAUAUUCAAGAGAAAAGGAAAGCCAAUGCUUUUUAUUGCAUUGGAAAGCUUCUUGUUGAUUUUGGAGUCUUUUCAUCAGGCCCUACUUGCUUUACAGAAAUGUGUAAUGUUUAUUAGUUUUGCUGUAUGGUCUUCUGAACUGAAUUCAUGUUUUGAGGAAUAUCUGCCACUUUCAGAAGGAUUUUUACUACUGUGAGGCAAAUUGGCAGUGGGUAAGUCUUAAUAUUUUAUCAUAAUAACGUAAAGGUAAAAAUGUACACUUACAAAUAUGGACAGAAAUAAUCAUACUCUUUUUUGUUCAAUAACCAAAACCUCUGAUGCAAAUACCUCUGAAUAUAGGGAAAAAGAUUGGACUUGAAUUCCAAUGUGAUAUUUGGCUAAACUUCCUAUUGGGCUUCUCCCAUGCUCUUUUAGAUAUGUAUUUCUCUAUCUGCACUAGCUCUGAAAUUAUCAUGAAGUCUCACCUUACUGGAUGUCUUAUGUCUCAAUUUACUAGAAAACAUGUUAAGAGUUUUUCCUACCAAAUACCUCAUCAAUAAAUCGAUAAUAAAUAUUGGGAAGUGUGUGCUAGAUCGUUAUCUGUUGCAAAAUAGUAUAAUUCCAUUGAGAUCAGCAGUCAAUUUUUUAAGUCAGUUUACUGCAAGACAGAGAGAGAGAGAGAGCAUAUUUGACUUAUUAUUAGGUGUUUUUUUCCAAAAGCCUGAUCCAGUGCUCUUUGAUAUCAAAUAAAAGCUUUCCAAUGCUUUAAA